AUGGAGUAUUUAUCCUGGUAUCAUCUAGUUUUUUUUACUAACAUUGAAUCCCUUAUCAACAUAUUCAUUGAAGGAAGAUUUGAAGAUAAUAUAGUUAAUCGACAAACAACAAUGGGUUUAUUUGCAUCAAAAUUAUUUAGCAACUUGUUUGGUAACAAGGAAAUGCGUAUUCUUAUGGUUGGUUUAGAUGGUGCCGGUAAAACUACCGUUUUAUAUAAAUUGAAAUUAGGUGAAGUUAUUACCACAAUCCCAACCAUUGGUUUCAAUGUGGAAACUGUCCAAUAUAAGAACAUUUCCUUCACGGUUUGGGAUGUCGGUGGACAAGAUAGAAUCAGAUCUCUAUGGAGACAUUAUUACAGAAAUACUGAAGGUGUCAUUUUCGUUGUUGAUUCCAAUGAUAGAUCUCGUAUCGGUGAAGCCAGAGAAGUUAUGCAAAGAAUGUUGAAUGAAGAUGAAUUAAGAAACGCUGUUUGGUUAGUGUUUGCCAAUAAACAAGAUUUACCAGAAGCUAUGUCUGCAGCAGAAAUUACUGAAAAAUUGGGUUUACAUUCUAUCAGAAACCGUCCAUGGUUUAUUCAAUCCACUUGUGCGACAUCUGGUGAAGGUUUGUACGAAGGUCUAGAAUGGUUAAGUACCAAUUUGAAAAACCAAUCCUGA